AGCGCAUCCAGUGCAUUCAGCCGCACCACCGUCAACGCACAUUUACGUGAACGUCCUCAUUGAAGAUGGUGUUAAUGAGGAAGGUCUGCUGCUUUCUGCUCUGUUGUGUUUUUGAAGCGAGCGUUGCGCGCCGGACCGAAGAAGCGGAUACCUUGGAGAAGACUGAAAGCGCGCGCUGCGUCUCGCGCUGCCUGACGCUUCACAUCACGCAGAUCACCGCGUUAUUCAAACACCUGCAGAAUGACCGUGUGUUGGACUGGUGUGAGGACCACAGGAGAUGUUCACAGUGCCUACAACCAUGCAAGGAACUAUGGGAAACAAGGCGAGCCCUGUCUCCCAAGACCUGCGAGAAGCAUCACGAGUGUGUGACCAGUGCUGAGUUUCUGCGCUCGCUGCGGUCACAGAAGCAGGGCGACUGUCCUCCGCCCCAGCGGGCGUCUGGAUUCGCUGCAGCCUGUGUGGAGGGCUGUGCGGUCGACCUCGAGUGCUCCGGCUUCAAGAAGUGCUGCUCAAACGGCUGUGGACACACCUGCCAGUCCCCGGCCAACCUUUACAGAGGAGUGCCUUUGAAGCCAAGGAGAGACAUUUCCUUUUCCGAGGACCAGCACGGUCAUCUGAAGGUGAGGUGGAUGUCCAAGUUUAACGUCUCUGUUGAGCCGGUUCUGUAUGUUCUUCAGAGGAGGUGGAAUCAUGGGAUUCACCCCAGCGAGGACGACGCAUCGGCCUGGCAGACCGUUCUCAUGACCAUGGAGGACCGCUCCGUGUUGAAGGACAUCCGGCCCCACAGGUGGUACCAGUUUCGAGUUAGCGCAGUCAACAGUCAGGGCACAAGAGGCUUCACCACUCCCAGCAAGCAUUUCUUUUCUGUACGAGAUCCGUUUCCCCCAGAGACCCCACAGAAUGCCAGAAUAGGGAACCAGACGGUUCACCCUGACGGCACGGUGAGUGUUCUGGUCCUGUGGGAGGCCCCCGGGGAGAGCGACUUGGUGGUCCACCAUUACAAGGUGACCUGGAGCACUCGAGGAACACCCCCAACCAGCCAGAGCCGGGCUGGACGGGUCACAGAUAGGGAUGUAACUCAGAUGGAGCUUCAGGGUCUACAGCCCAACACGCACUACACUGCACAGAUUCAGGCCAUCUCUUACUGGGGUCAGAAUCGGCUCAAGAGCAGCCGAGCUCACCUCUCCUUCUUCACUGCUGCAGCCACCUCAUCCUCAAAUGGGAAUGUCCACCUUUCCGGAGAGUUCUCCAAUGAGAUUCCCGUGUCCCAUUCCUCUCCCAGUAUCCUGAGGCUGGAAGCGGCCGCCCCUCAUUAUCACGACAACCAGCUGCAGGUCAAGGUCUUCUGGAAGAGCCGAAUCACAGAAAGCCAGAAGGAUUCCAGUUCAUAUAUUCUGAGAUGGUUUCCUGAAGUUUGUGCCCAUAAUGUGACGAAAGGCGAGAAAACAGCCAUAGUUCAGGGAACACAUUUUGUGAUUACUGGCCUGCUGUUUGCCUGUAAGUACCGCGUGGCAGUGAAGCCCGUUACGGGACAAGAGCAGAGGUCAGAGGUCAUGACCUCUGUAACCACCCCACUUUGCUCAUCGCUGAUGGGCCGACGGAAAAAACCUGUUGCCUGCGCCAGAGAUGAGCGCCGUCCUCAGGGUAAGAAAGGCCUGCAGCGGCCAGAGAAGCUGGCAGCAUGGUUUCAGCCGGCGAACGGCUCGGUGCAGGCCGUGUUUAGCUGGCAGGUGUCUCCAGAGAGCACGGGACAGACCCCCAUCACUGGAUUCCAGCUCUCCUGGCUCAAAGUGUCCCGCAGCAGCACCAACGGCACGCUCGUCUCCCAAACACACCUCCUGCCCCCCGAUCAGCGCUCUCUGACAGUAGACGCGCUGCAGCCCCAGAGCGAGUACAGAGUGCAGCUGCAGGUCCUGUCUGGAGCAGGGCACGGACCCUCGGUGUCUAAGACCCUCCACACUCCUCACGUGAACGGCACACUCCUCUGAGAUGGAGGAAAGAAGUGAGGAAUCAAGCUACUCUUAUAUGAUACAGUGCUUGUGUUGCUCCUCAUUUGGACAGGUGUGUCUGUUAAAGGACUAAAUGUAAAGCACUCUUCAUCAUCAGAGAGACAGUGUCUGCUGUUAUGGAGUCGGUGUAAUGGGACGAGAGCACUCGCACCAGACCGGCGUGAUCACAGAAGAAAACAACAUCGACGUGAAGGCUUUAGAUCGGUGUACUGUAAUAUAGGAAUGAUGAAUAACCAAAUUAUGCUUUUGUUAUGCAAAAAAUUAGUAGCACUGAUGUAUUUAGUAUGUAGUUGCAUAUAGUUAUGCGCCACAUUAUUUUAUUAACAUUUGUUUUUCAUACAGAAGUUUAAUGUGCUUUUACUCAAUGGGCCUCAUUCAUGAAACACAAGCAGUAUGAAUGUCUUAAAAGCUUGUGAAACCCCACAUGAAAAAAUACUAUAGUAAUUUAUAGUAAAUGC